CCGCCCUCCCCCCCUCCCCCUCCCAAUUUUUUUUUCUUCUUAUUUUCCUGCUGUGUCAUUUUCUUGCAUUUCCUCUUGUCCCAUCUCUCUCUCUUUUCCAUGUUUUCAUCAUCAUUGUUAGUAACGUCCUCAUAAACUUUACACUUAUCUCCAACAACCCAUUUCAAGAAACUGCAAAAUAUUUCCAUAGCACUAAAAAAAGUGGGAAAAAAGAAGAAAAAGGUCAAUUUUUUUUUUUUUCAUUUUGUUGGUGUGAAAUCAUGGAUCUUUGGUCAGUACAUGUAAAGAACACCAAUCUGCUAAUCAGAAAUGAGAAACCCUUUGUUUCUUGCCAUUUGAAAAGUGUCAGAGUUGAUAAUUGGAAGGUGUUCGAGAUCAGAGUACCUAAAAGACAGUCUUACCCUUUACUUGUUAAAGCUAUGGGUAAGAAGAAUUCUGAUAAUUCCAAUUCCUCAUCUUCUUCAGGGAAGGGCCCAGAAGACGAUAACCUAAAAGGGAGCAACCCAUCUUCUGAUGCUCAGAAAUCUCAUCAGAAGCCCUUGGACUGGAGGGAAUUCCGAGCAUCUCUCUACAUUCAGGAGCUGCAGGCGGCAAAUGCAGUCUCUGACACUCGCAAGCAAGAGGGAACAAGUUUUGGUCCGAAAGCUCUUCCCUUGAAGUGGGCACAUCCAAUUUCAGCACCCGAGAAUGGCUGUGUUCUUGUUGCCACUGAAAAGCUCGAUGGAGUUCGUACUUUUGAAAGAACGGUAGUUCUCCUCCUCAGAUCUGGAACCAAGCACCCACAAGAGGGUCCAUUUGGUGUAGUCAUAAACCGGCCACUAGGCAAAAAGAUCAAACACAUGAAACCCACAAAUCUCGACCUGGCAACAACCUUUGCUGAUUGUUCCUUGCACUUCGGUGGGCCCCUUGAGGCAAGUAUGUUUUUACUAAGAUCAGGGGCUGGUUCAGAGCUACCUAGAUUCGAAGAGGUGGUUCCUGGUGUGUGCUUUGGUGCUCGAAACAGUUUGGAAGAAGCAUCUGCAUUGGUAAACAAAGGGGUGCUUAAACCUCAAGAUUUCAGAUUCUUUGUUGGCUAUGCAGGAUGGCAGCUUGACCAGUUGAGGGAAGAGAUUGAAUCCGGCUAUUGGUACGUUGCCUCUUGUAGCGCAAAUCUGAUUUUUGCAGGUUCACAAACUUCGUCAUCAGAGAGUUUGUGGGGAGAGAUAUUACAGUUGAUGGGUGGUCAGUAUUCGGAAGUAAGUCGGAAGCCUAAGCAAGACAUAUAAGCUUCUCAAUGAGCAUUCAGGUUUGAUAGAAAGAGAAGUUUGUGUGAAAGUCAAAUGUACAUAAUGGUGGCACAGGUCCUAAUCUAGUAGAGCUCUCGUCUUCCAUUUCUGCUUUCUCUCCUAGACCUUGCUAAUAAGUUAUGAUCAAUGUAUGUAAAUGAAUAACUCUUUGGAGGAUCCUAGUAUUAUGAUUAAUUUAACGUCUCAUUGCUUCUCUAA